UAUAGACAUCAGGCUGCACAUAUAAACUUAACUCUAGAUUUUGGACAAAAUGGAAAUUAUUUCAUCAAAACAAUUCAUUUUACUGACUUUAGCCACCUCAAUCUUAUUAACAUCAAACAUCUUCUGUUCAGAUGAAUCAAUGAUGCCCAAUCUUCACAGCAAAAAGAAUUAUGACAAAUAUUCUGAGCCUAGAGGAGAUCUCUGCUGGGGAAAAGAAAGAAGUCUCAAUUUUGAAGAGUUAAAAGACUGGGGUCCAAAAAACGUCAUUAAGAUGAGUACACCUGCAGUCAACAAAAUGCCACCCUCAGUAGCCAACUUGCCACUGAGAUUUGGGAGGACCAUGGAAGAAGAAAGAAGCACUGGGGCGAUGGCCAACCCGCCUCUGAGAUUUGGAAGCAAUACAGAGGACAGCAUCUCGAGACAUGUUCCUAAUCUGCCCCAAAGGUUUGGGAGAACAACAAUAGCCAAAAGUGUCACCAAGACACUGAGUGAUUUGCUCCAACAAUCCAUGCAUUCAUCAUCUGCCAAUGGGUUACUUUACUCCGUGACCUGCCAGCCCCAAGAAAUCCAGAAUCCUAAUCAAAAGAACCUAAGGAGACUGGGAUUGAAGAAAAUAGAUGAUGCAGAAUUGAAACAAGAAAAAUAA